AGUUCCGCUCACCCUGCACCAGGCGCUGCAACUUCCGCGUUCUCGACCAUGACGUACGAAGAGGAAGAGAACUACGAAUCCAAUUUCUCCCAGAAAGAGUUUGAGAAAAUCGUGGAAACGUUGAAGCACCGCGUCACCCGGGGCGACUUUUUGCAGGCGGUGCCCAGUCGGAUCGAGAAGAAGAAGACCCGCGCGGACGCCUGGAUGAUUUUCCACGCGCUGAAUAAAAUUUCCCCGACCACGCAGUACCGCUACCUGCUGAAGAUGGACGACUUCUUCAUCGUGGGCGCGUCGCCGGAGCUGCAGGUGUCCGUGGAUUUCUCCGGACAGAUCACCACCCACCCGAUCGCCGGGACGCGGCCGCGGUCCAAGUUCUUCGACGACAAGGAGGAUAUCAAAUGCAAAAAUGUCUGGGUCUGGAAGAGUGCAUGUUUGUCAUGCUUGUCUGGCAUGACUCUUAAAUCUGUCAUGUACGCUACUCAAGAGCCCCACUUUUCUGUCAUGCAGAAACGCACUUUGUCAUGCAGAAUAGGCAACACCUAGAAGCUCAGGAACUUGUCAUGCUGAGCCAGCACUUGUGGCUCCCUCAUGAUACGCCGCCCAGCAUCACAAGUUUCCAGACCCAGGCAUAUUUGCAAUCCAUAGAGGACGUGGAGACCGCGAUCGGACUGCUGCACGACGAGAAGGAGCUCGCGGAGCACGUCAUGCUGGUCGACCUGGCCCGCAACGACAUCGGCAAGAUCGCGAAGCCCGGCUCCGUGGAGUGCGUGGAGUUCCAGAAAAUCAAAUUUUUCCCGAACGUGAUGCAUCUGUGCUCCAAAGUCGUGGGUCAGAUCCACGCCGGGGGUCCGGCGGGAAGCAGCGGCAUCAAGGACAGCGCGCACCUGCAACGGCAAGCCCGGUUCGUCGCGGACACGUCAUCGGCCGCAGG